UCAGCAACCAGAUGCGGGCGGAGCGAGCCCCGGGCCGGGGAGGGGUGACCGGCGUCUUUGUGCUUCCCCGCUCAGGACCGCCCGCCCGAGCCGCUGCGCGAGCCUGGGCCCGGCCGCCCGAGCCCGACGCUGAGCCAAUGCUAGAUCUGGAAGUGGUUCCCGAGCGCUCUUUGGGCAACGAGCAAUGGGAGUUCACCCUGGGAAUGCCAUUGGCUCAGGCUGUAGCAAUUCUUCAAAAACACUGUCGUAUUAUCAAAAACGUCCAGGUUCUCUACAGUGAGCAGUCUCCUCUCAGCCAUGACCUCAUCCUUAACCUGACUCAGGAUGGAAUCAAACUGCUGUUUGAUGCUUUCAAUCAGAGACUUAAGGUGAUUGAAGUUUAUGACUUGACUAAAGUGAAGUUAAAAUAUUGUGGUGUCCAUUUUAACUCUCAGGCAAUUGCUCCAACCAUAGAGCAGAUUGAUCAGUCAUUUGGAGCAACACAUCCAGGAGUGUACAACUCAGCUGAACAACUUUUUCACCUCAAUUUCAGAGGACUUUCGUUUUCCUUUCAGUUAGACUCAUGGACUGAAACUCCAAAGUAUGAGCCUAACUUUGCCCAUGGCCUUGCUUCUCUACAAAUUCCCCAUGGCGCAACUGUGAAACGUAUGUACAUCUACAGUGGAAACAGUCUGCAAGAUACAAAGGCUCCCAUGAUGCCACUCAGCUGUUUCCUUGGUAAUGUGUAUGCAGAGAACGUUGAUGUUCUGAGAGAUGGAACUGGACCCUCAGGUUUACGGCUCCGCUUACUCACUGCAGGUUGUGGCCCAGGUGUACUAGCUGAUGCUAAGAUGCGGGUUUUUGAACGCUGUGUGUAUUUUGGUGAUUCGUGCCAGGAUGUUCUGAGCAAUUUGGGGUCUCCACAUAAGGUCUUUUAUAAGUCUGAGGACAAGAUGAAAAUUCAUUCACCCUCCCCCCAUAAGCAGGUUCCAUCAAAAUGCAACGACUACUUCUUUAACUACUUCACACUUGGAGUGGAUAUUCUUUUUGAUGCAAAUACUCACAAGGUGAAGAAGUUUGUCCUGCAUACAAAUUAUCCUGGUCAUUACAAUUUCAACAUUUACCAUCGUUGUGAAUUCAAGAUUCCACUGGCCAUUAAGCGAGAUAAUGCUGACUCUCAGACUGAAACAUGCACAACAUACAGCAAGUGGGACAGUAUUCAGGACCUUCUUGGGCACCCGGUGGAGAAGCCAGUGGUGCUUCACAGGUCAUCCUCUCCAAACAACACUAACCCAUUUGGAUCAACGUUUUGCUUUGGACUGCAGCGAAUGAUUUUUGAGGUGAUGCAGAAUAAUCACAUAGCAUCUGUUACUCUGUAUGGCCCUGCCAGGCCCACCAGCCAGUUGAGACCUUCGGACCUUUCCCAGUGAGCAUCCCCUUCAAAACCCGCUAAUCUAAAUGCUACAAAAUUAGUACAGCGUGCCUUGAUUUGCUGCCAGUUAUAAUAUGGAAAGCACGGUAUGAUUUUUUUUUUUCCAAAAACAACCUUCCCACCAAUGCAUGGUGUGGAGGAGAAAUUCUCUCAACCCUUCAUCAUAAGGCAUGGAACUAGUGGUGGAGGAAUGCAGUUAGGUGCCUGUGUCAUCAUCUUAUUCCUCUUGGUUGCCCUCACCCUGUGUAGAACAGGCAUGAAGAGACUGUGUAUCCUUCCUGAACUGGCAGAAGGGUGAGGUGGAAGAAGGGGUACAUAAUGACUGCAAGAGUUAGAAGCACAAACUUUCUGAGCCUUGGAGCAUCUGGAAGCAGGUAUUGAUUUUAGUCUGUGUUUAUGUUACUGUAUUGAUGUGGUGGUCACAUUUUAAGAAAACGAAUAUGUAUACAAUAUAUAUAUAAACACGUCGGUAUUUCUGUGACUAAGGACAUUGUACCAAGUGUGACAAAGGUAUAUAUAUGUCCAUGAUUUCAGGCACCACAUCUUUGUAUAACGUUAAAACAAGCAAGUAGCAUGUGCAGAAUACUUGGUUGUAACAUUUGCACUACAUACACUUUAAUUACUUGAUAAAUGUUCAUCUUCACUGAGGAGCAUCUGUGUAUGACGUGAGUGGGGUGUAAUGGUUAUUUAAUGUACGCUGCACAUAAAGCUUAUUUAUACUGUGGAUCAAAUAAUCCACCUUCCUGCACUAAUACUUGACAUGCUGAAGCAUUUGUUUUCCUGCCAUGCCUGGUUUACUAAAUUUUUUUUCAUAUGCAGUUUUCUUUUAAAAAAAAAAAAAAAAAAUCUGGAGGAGAAGGGUAUUCCUAUGAAUGGAAGUGUUUUACUUUAAGGGGUUUGAUACCUUUUUUUUCUUUAUGCUGAAAUAUU